UAACAGGAAAACAGCCCCCACACAAACUCGGACGCUGCAUCACUAAAGACGUGAGACUUACGCCAGGUUUUUAUUGACCCAGUGGCCAGGAUGACUCAGCUGUAAACUCCUGCGGAUGGUCCUGCCUCGUUCCCAUCCUGCCUGCGGGGGCCUAAUUCAGGGGGCUUUCAGGCCAUGAAGAACAUGCCAGGUCCACUUUAGAGGCGGACAGCAACGGCGGCCCUUCCAGCGUGCCCCACAAGCACUUAGAACUGCAGUGUGCACUCCAGUCUCACCGAAUUCAUCCCCGCGGCUCCUCUUUCUCUCCGGCGUGCGUAAAGAGUCGCCCAUUAUAAUGACACAGCGGCAGAUAUAUUCAAGAAUGACAUGCCCUUCAGAGCCAUGAUGGCAGGGACACUCAUGCGGAGUGUGCAAGACGGAGUGGGGAGGGUAUAACGCAAGUUGGCAAUACCGGUGUGGACCAGGCACCCAGGCGCCUUCCAGCAGACGGUAAACAGUGGUACAGUCCCAGGGACAGAGGCUGACAGGAGACCAAGUUAGAAUCAGCGGCGUGAAGCUCAUCACUCCAUCUUCCCGGGUCCCCCUGGUCCAGCUGUCUCUGCACACUGUUCACCACACGGUGCCUCCCCAUUGAAGAGAUGAGACACACGUCCCGUCAGGUUACACUGCUCUGGCGUACAGGGCAUGACAGUCUAUCGCUGUGUCUCCGUACUGGACUCCGCGCUGAAGUUCGCUGGCGAGCUCACCCUCAAACACCAAGGCAGGUGUUUGCAAAUGUGUGAAAGAAGAGGAACAGACUAGAAGGAUCAGCUAAUCGCCCCACCACCCCCCAGCCGCUGAGAUGAACUGGACUUCCUUGUGGGGCCUCAUCGGUGGGGUGACCCAGCACUCCACGGUGCUGGGUCGGGUCUGGUUCUCCCUGGUCCUCAUCUUCCGGCUGCUGAUCUUCGUGGUGGUGGCUCAGCAGGUGUGGAACGACGAGACCACCCAGUUCACCUGCAACACAGCUCAACCGGGCUGCCGUAACGUUUGCUACGACAGAAUGUUCCCGGUUUCGCCGGCACGACUCUGGGCCCUGCAGCUCAUCGCCAUCAUCUGCCCCUCACUCAUGGUCUCCGCGCACAUCAAGUACCGCCAGGAGAAGGACAAGCGGUUCUCAGCGGCCAACAGGGGGGUUCACCUGUACGCCAACCCCACCAAGAAACGCAGAGGCCUCUGGUGGACCUACCUGUUCAGCCUCUUCCUGAAGGCCGGCUUCGACAUUGGCUUCCUGUACGUCUUCUUCCACAUAUACCGCUACAACAUACCGCAACUCUACCCGUGUUCCCUGGAACCCUGCCCCAACACGGUAGAUUGCUUCAUCUCCAGGCCCACUGAGAAGAAGGUGUUCAUCAUCUUCAUGGCGGUCUCCUCGGUCGUCUGCAUCCUGCUGUGUCUCUGCGAGAUUUGCUACCUAAUGUGCCGCUGCUGCUGGAACUGGGAGCGCAUCCUCAGCCGGAGGGCAGAGGGUCACGACCCCACAGUCACCGCAGAGACCCAGCUAGCCACUCAGCAGCAAGCCUCCGGCAAGCUGAUCUUCCAGCACAAUGACAUCGUCACGGAGCAUGAUUCCAGCACCAGCAAAAAGCUGUAGGUAUGGAGACUGACGCAAACUGCCCGUUCCUCCGUCAGUUACACACGGGGCUUAACCGGCCAGGCUAGCGAGGAAAUGCCCAGGAAGCAAAGGACACCCACCAAGGUGGAUGGGGUACCGGGACACACACACAAUAUUGGCAGCUAAAUCUCACCAAUAAGGUUAAAUGUCUUUGGUUUGUGGGAGGAGCUUCACAAGAAAGCUUAAUAGAAUUCAAAGCCAUAUCCCCAGCAAUGAUGCCAUUCACUGUGCCCCAUCAAUCUGGAAUCUGAAUUACAGUCACUGAAUUACCGGGGGCUUGGAAUGUUCAUGGAAAUGUUAAAUAAAAAUAACGGAACACUGGAAUGCAUCUUAGGGGAGACAUUCAAACAUUUGCAUUCUUUGUAGUCAUUGUAUGUGGCUGGAUAAUCACAAGAGAAAUUUCUCAACAGCUACAACAGCAAAAUUAGCUGUUUUAAUGACAGUUAUUGCACAAGAGGAGACAUGAUUUGGUCAUUCCUUUGGCACUCCCAUGUCUGAGCAUCAUCUGGAUAUGUUUAUGACAAACUUCAAUUACUUUGUAUAUGUUUUGUAUAAUAUAUUUAAUCAAAAUGUUGAAUAAUAGAAUAAAACAGGAAUGAAAGCACAUUUUAA